CUGUCAAUGUCAACAAGUCAAUCGUAACGUAAACAAAUAUAAGUGAUUUUUCAUUUAUUUUUAUUAUUUAUUAUAUUUUUACUGUUACAAUAGAGUUAGUUAUGUUAUUGUGGUAGUCAACAUAUUAAACUGCACCUCUCCUGCAUCUAAUAACUGAUGAUCCUCAACGCAGACCCAGUUAUGAUUUCAUGGUGUUAUCAGUCGGCACAUGGCCACGAUCGAUUGAAGACUACGCUAUAGACAUAAAUGUUUACGCCAACCUGAAUGGUCUUCACAUCGAAAGCUCGCAUUAACUCGCCACAAUGGUAGUGGUCCUGAACGGCGUGCUCGCAGACGAGUGUCCCACCUCCGUGCGCGCGCUGCUGGCCGCCCACCCCGGCUACCGCGACGCGGCGGCUCAGCUGCUGUCAGCCGCCCCCCGGGUGGUGGGCGCGCCCGGGCUGCUGUAUGUGGGGCAGAGGGAGCUAGCCGCUGUUGUGCCGCAUGAUAAGACAGUCAGCAUCAUAGGAUCAGACGACGCCACAUCAUGUAUUAUAGUUGUCUUAAGGCAUUCAGGCUCCGGCGCAGUGGCUCUAGCACACUUAGACGGCGCGGGCACGGCGGAGGCGGCGGCGGCGAUGGCGGCGCGCGUGCAGCAGCUCGCGGCUGGCUACCCGGAGGGAAGGCUCGAGUUGCAGCUGGUCGGCGGGUUCACUGACCCGCAUCGGUUCUCGGAUGACCUGUUCGCUAAUCUUAUGCUAUCAUUCCACCGUCUCUCCGUCGAGAUCGACUUAACCCUCGCGUGCGCUUGCGAGCUCAACACUUCCCUAUCCCCGGGCGGGGCCGCGGCGCCGCUGGUGACGGGCGUGGGCGUGGACCUGCGCGCCGGCGACCUGUUCCCCGCCACCUUCCCUGACAAGGGGCCCGACCUGCCGCUGCGGAGCGCGCGGUAUAUUACCGGCGGGCCGCAUGCUACGCAGGUGCUAGACAUAUACGACAACAACGUGUCCAUGCUGCGCAUCGGGCCCUUCAACUACGACCCGCUCCGCGGCGUGGACCUGUGGCUGCAGCAGAGCGACGACUUUAUACUGCAACACCUGAGCACUACUCCCAAUGUGCAGCCGCCGCACUUCGUGCACAAUAUCCGCACGACGCUCAAGUUCAUCCAGCAGCACCCGUUCCCGGCGGUGACGGUGUUCCCGGACAACCGGCCGCACUACUACCGCCGCGACGAGCACUCCGGCGGGUGGACCCUCGUGCGCUACUAGAUGGCGUUAGCAGCGGGGCGAAGGAGCAGUUGAUGUGGGGUCGUGUCACUAGAUGGCGUGACCAGCGGGGUGUAUGAGCAGUUGAUGUGGGGUCUUUCCACUAGAUGGCGUGGCGCGGCCAGCAAGUUGGGAGCGUAGGGAGGUUUAUGACGGAUUGAUGCUAGUUCGACACUAGAUAGCGGUACUUGGGGGCGCUACCCAUUGUCCAAUUUAUGAAGUCCCAUGAUAUGACAAAGAAUUGUAUUUUUUAAUGCAGUACAAUAAUGCAGGACCCUAGGGACUUCUCAUCUCAUGUGAAAAAUAGCGUAUCUCAUGCAUAACGAUCAGCUAAUAAAUCGCAGCAGGCUCACUGAUCAGUAUAAGGCUUAUUUCAUCAAAAUUUUAAAGAGAUGGUAGUUUACUACUAAUCGUAUUGAAAGUAUGGCUUGAUAUCAGUGGUAUAAAAGAUAGAUAUAAAAUUAAUUGAUUGACAGUUGCAUUCAAUGCGUUUUUUUCUGACGAGCUGAAUCAUAGGUGGCGGUAGUAAUUUUCUCUAUUAGAUUUGACGUUCCAGUGUAUUUAAAAGCGCCAUAUAUGGUUUAUUUUGUCAGAAAAAUCCAAAUUCAAAAAUUAAGUAAAAAACUAUGAAAUUUUAUUUAUGAAAU